ACAAGUAAAUAAUAUCUUGGUGAGUGAGUUGACGCAGCAAAAAGAAAAAUGCAGGCUCUAUCUUGUAUAUCAAUGUCACUACCACUGUGUCUGAAACUGAGGGCUUCAUGGGACACUCAAGAACAACAGAGACUCCCUUACAACCCCAACGCUCCCAGAAAGCUCAAGAAAACCAACCUUCCAACAACAACUACUACUCUCACUCAAACUCAAUCCCCUCUUCCUCUCUCUCCGCGCAAGGAGCAGUACAUUUCUGAUCUUCUCGAGCGCACCACUCCUCUCCCCACCAUAGCGCAUGUAGAAAAGGAACAAGAUGAAUCCUACCUGGGAUAUGAGAGAUGGCUGCCAACUCCACCCAAAGUGGUGAAGCCUCGCUCUGUGUUUAAUGCUGCUACCUUAGCAUAUAUUGGUGACGGCAUUUAUGAGCUAUAUGCUCGUAGACACUUUUUAUUUCCUCCCCUUAGUAUUGAAGAGUACAAUGAUCGUGUGAUGGCAGUUGUGCGUUGUGAGGCUCAAGAUGCAUUGCUCCAGAAACUUCUUAACACUGACUUCUUAUCAGAUCAAGAGAGGGAUGUUCUUCGAUGGGGAAAGAACAUCACUUCAAGCAAAACUAAGACCAAAAAGCGUGCUGGUGCAGCUGUAUAUAACAGGGCUUCUUCACUAGAAACAUUAGUUGGCUAUCUCUAUUUGACAAAUGUACAUCGCUUGGAAAAGCUAAUGGUAGCAUUGGGAUUCUCAGUUGACUCUUCAGUUCCUUUUAAUUUGGAGGAAGCAAUAACAGGUGAGUUGAAAAACAGAUGAAGAUGAUCUUGUGGAAAUCUUCGACUGGAGCAGGCGAAACGACUUAUACAAGAUCUAGUUUGAUCCCAUGUAUUCUUCCGUGAAGAUUCAAUGUCAUGCAGAUUCGAGAAAGUUUUACAUUCUUAUGCAAAGCGUAUCUUAGUAGCUUGACUUCCUCUUAGCUGUUGUGCCAGUACCACAUUCCAACAGCAUAUUUUUCCAUGCUAGAGAUCUGAAGCCUUUCAGGUCCUUUGUAUCUAUUUCUGUUAUACAAAGGUUGUGGUAGUACCAUAGUUUCUUAGCACUUUAUUGCAAUCAAAAGAAGAUAAUGCAGUGAAACUUCGGUUCUAUGCUGUAGAUUUGUGUUAGGGCUUGCAAAUUUUGCUCGAGUUCAGUCCAGUUGAUUGGAUUUUGUAGAAUUAAGUUACAUAGGGACAAUUAUUUGUAAUAUUGUUUUGGAAUUA